UGCAAUGUGGAGUUUGUAGUGGCUACUGAGAAAGAAAAUGAAGAAGGUGCUGUUGAAGCAAUUAAUGGAGACCUCAUUCUCUCUUGCAUCUUCAAGACGCAACACGCCUUUCUUGCUCUCCUCUCAACGCGGAAAUCUUGGAUUUUCUUAUGGUCUUAACUGGGCUCUGGCUGGAAAAGGUGUUAUUGUGAAGGAUAAAGCUUUUCAAAAUUUGACAUCAUCUGAGCUACAGCAGAAAGGUGCAACAAUUGUAGCAUCCUUAUCAGGACUUCCUCUUCUUGUUAGAGGAAGUGUACGUGGAGGAAUUCUUGAUAUUUCUAAGGGACACUACACUAAACUACUGAAACAGGUCACGACUCAUUUGUCAUCCAUCUCAAAUGUUUUUGUUCAAGACGGGGCAAUUGGUUCGUCAUCAGAAUGUGAUGCAAAAGUUCGUGUGAUAAGUGAUAAUCCUUCUGCCAUGUUGAAAUUUUCAAGCAUUCUCUUGAAGACACCUACUCGGGCUGUUUCCCAUGAUUCUUGUCCUUUGACAGUUUAUGUUGCCACAUCUAUAAGUGUUGGUGUCAUGGAUGCAGUUGCUUUUGGAGCUCAAGGAAGUAAUGGAUUUAUAACUGCUGAUAUUGAGCGUUCUUCACUCAUUUUAUGUGGUCAAGCUUUUGCUGACACAAAUGGAAUCAAAGAAGCGUUAACUGCCCUGUCUGGACCUAUUAUAUGUGCACGUGGAGGCCUUCUUCUUUCUGGAAGGCUACUAGUGUUGGCUGACUCUGUGAUACUUCUAUUUGCACCUGAAGAUACCAUUCAGAGUUGUGCCAAUGUUUUGGUGUCCGCAGAUGCUGGUGUGAUACUUUCCUCUCAAGGCAUUGCUCCCUUGUUCCAAACUGGAAAUUCUGGUGGGCCAGAUACAUUUAAAUUGCCAGCUGCUGUUGUCUUUGCAUCAUCUGAUUGUUCUGGAAUCAUCCCUUCUGUAGCAAAGCUCUCUCCUGGCCAAGCAGCGUAUCAUUUCUUAGCUGGCUAUCAGAAUGGGAAGUUUGUUCCUGCAUAUUGCAAGUUUCCUUUCAUUGAUUUAUUGGACCUUGCAAAGGCAUUUCUGUCCAAGUUGAAAGACCACCGGAUCCCGUCCUUCCUAGUUAAUGUCAAAAAACGAGAAACAAGUGUGACUGGCAAGGAUCUUCAGGCUUUGGCACAAUCAACUCUUUCGGAGAAUAUUCCACCAUUUGAACCUGAAGGUGGGAAUCUUCAAGAAAAAUACAAGACCUUUCUCGACUCCAAGUUUCAAGAAAUACCUCAAGAAUUCUCAUUUUAAGCUUCUGGUAGGGAAUGCUAGAGAUUGAUAUAUAAUUUUCUUUUUUUGGUAAUUUAGAUAUUAUCAUUAUUGGAAGACUUGAUAAAGAAUAGAAUACGCUUUGGAAAUUAAAUUUUAGCAGAAUGAAAAUUAGAAAAUUCAA